AUGGCAUCCAACUCAGUUUUCCCCAUCAGUCUGGGGACAAAACUAACCCGAUGGACUCGACUCCCGAUGGUAAGCUUGCGUUUUCUGGCAUGUCGAGUGGGUGUGCGUCCAAAUCGACCAUAUUGCCAUCACCACUUUGGCGCACCAACGGAUACAUGUAGUUGCUUUGGCAAGGGCGACGCAAAGGGGCAACAGCCACAAGAUCGUUCCCAGGAGGAUCUGAUCCUUGGCAAGCCUGUUACAGAGGGGGCGAAGGGAAAGCGUGCUGUUGUCUGGUGGCUGCUGGGUAGGCUUGAUGGUGUCAGUUACGUUGUCACUAGGCGGGAUUGA